AUGGCAGCAUCAGCCUCGCAUGUCCAUCCAUACGCACAGCAUUUAGCUGAACUGAAUCCUAUGGUGGUUGACAUCCCUGAACUUGAAGUUAGUGGUAAUGUUUCUUCUGCUGACUUUAAAGCCGAUGAUGAGGAACCUAGGGCUUUGUCCGGUUUGAGCUCGCCUAGUUUUACAGUAACCGGAGAAAAGUACGCGAAUUUACGUUCAAAUAAUAACACACCUCCAAAUGAGACACCUGAGUAUAUCAGGAAACAUAAGAGAUCUGAAUCGAGCAAUGGGAAUAUGUCUGUGAAUUCUAUACCUUCUAGCGGUUCUAGAGGCUCAGAUAGACGGGUAAAGUCCGUUGUUUCUUUUAGUUCAAAUGCGGAGAAUCCGAACAGAAGAUCAAGAUCCGUAGAUCUUUCACAUUUAUACCUCGGUGGUGAAAGGGACAUACGAUUCACGUCCACGAAUGAACUUGUGGCAGAUGAGUCUCACAAGAGAAUUAGCACAUAUUUAGGUAAUGAUUCGGCUGCCUCGUUACUAUCUCGUCAGAAAACCAUCGAAAUGUACAAACAAAAUGUUAAGAAAUCGAAGAACCCGGAUGUCUUGUUCCAGUACAGUCAGUACAUGUUACAAACUGCAUUAACUAUGAACCCCACCGAAUUUGAUGACAAAAAAAAUGAAGACGGGUUAACCGUGGAAGAGCAGAGACAGCAAUUCUUGAAAGAAGCAUUACAUUAUCUUAAGAAAUUGAGCGUUAAAGGUUACAAAGAUGCACAAUAUUUACUCGCAGAUUCUUACUCUAGUGGUGUCUUUGGGAAAGUGAAUCAAAAAGAAGCAUUCUCUCUUUUCCAAGCAUCUGCAAAACAUGGGCACGUCGAAGCAGCUUAUAGAACAUCGGUAUGUUUUGAGGAAGGGAUAGGUACUACCAGGGAUUCUCGUAAGUGCAUCGAAUUUUUGAAGUUUGCUGCAUCCAGAAACCAUCCAGCUGCCAUGUUUAAACUUGGGGUGUACGCAUUUUACGCUAAGAUGGGUCUUUCAGACGAUCUCAAUACGAAGAAGAACGGUUUGAAAUGGUUGUCUCGUGCGGCUGCAAAAGCCAACAGGUUGACUUGUGCGGCUCCGUAUGAGAUGGCGAAGAUUUAUGACACUGGUUUCCUUGAUAUCUUGAUUGCCGAUAGAAAAUAUGCUAUGGAACUUUACAUACAAGCCGCAUCAUUGGGACAUACGCCAUCUGCGACUCAUUUGGGGAGAAUAUACGAAGUUGGUAACGAAGUAGUUCCACAGGAUACACUUCUUAGUGUAAAUUAUUAUACAAUUGCAUCACACGGUGGGGAUCCAGAGGCUAUGAUGGGGUUAUGUGCAUGGUAUCUAAUCGGAGCUAAGCCUGCGUUUGUUGCCGAUGACAAUGAAGCAUUUGAAUGGGCGCUGAGGGCGGCCAAGUUAGGUUAUCCGAAGGCUCAAUUCACAGUUGGAUAUUUCUAUGAAAAGGGGAAAGGAUGUGAACCAAACACUGAAAAUGCUAUGAAAUGGUAUCAGUUAGCUGCUGAUAACAAGGAUCCGAGAGCCUUGAACAAACUGAAGAUUAAAGAUCGUUCCUCAAGAAAGUCGAAGAGUUUAAGUACAUUUAAUUUCAAUUUCUUACUGGACAACAAUGAAGAAAAGGGUAAAAGAAAAUCGUUCCAUCUGAAUUUGGACCAAGAUGAUAAGCCGGGAACUUUUGUUGAUAUGGAGCAAAAUCUGACGGAUCCAUCUAAGAAAAAUAAGCGGAACAAUUCGAUACCCGUUGAACAACUGCAGCAUCCACAACAAGAAACCCCAAGCACAUUGUCUGCUUCACUACAAAAGCAGUCUGCGAUGGAACAUCAGAAUACCCUGUCAGCUAGUGGUCAGAAGAGCUUACAUGACCAGGAUGUAGAAAAGACACCUAAUUUAAGAUCUCUUUCUGACCCCAAAUUGGACAAGAUCUCCAUUCCUCAAACUAAACCAGCUCUUGGAGAAAAUGAAAAGAACGGCAUCGAUUCAAUUAAGAAGAACUUAAAGAGCAAGAGUAAACGUAAGAAUGGGGAAAAGACCAAGAAAGGUUGCGUGAUUAUGUGA